CCGAACAGUGUAGUCGCUUGCGUGAGAGUCGUUCGUGAACUUGUCGUGCCACGCAGUUCCUACUUAUUUGCUUCUAUUGUCCGUAAAUACUGUUAUCAUAACUGAGAUCCAGUUUGAAACAAGUUCCGAAAGCCAUUCAUUUAUCAAUUUUUACCCAAAUCCGGAAUUUAGACUAAUUACCGGAUUUCCAGAAGUUUAUCGGAAGAUCUGGGUCUUGUUUUAUCUUUUUUUUUUCAAACAUCGGGGGUUGCGUUUGCUAAAAAAUGCCCAAUUUGAGAAGUGAGAAAUGUUAUCUCGAAAAAGAACCGGCUACGUGUGGCUCGGUUUUCCCUCGCUCUGUCGGAUACCGAGUGGUGACUGAUCUCUGAAGGGAUGAUUUUAUGAUUCGAGUUUUCUCUGGAUCAAUGCGAGCCCUCGAGAAGAAGGGUGUAGGGACGAUGGGCGAAAGAUGUGAUCGCGACCAGGUGUGUCGCGACGUCGACGUGACAGCCACGUGCCCUCUUGCCGGUUGCUAGAACCAUAAAUUAGGGGUGGAAAAACUGCCCUUAGUUCAAGGAAUUUUGUGAUACUAUUAGUGAAGGAAGUGCAAUAUCUUUUCGAUUUUUAAGAAACUUAGCUUCGAGACCAACCAUUAUUCACAAAAAGUUCAAGUGGAGAAAUUAUAAGUUUGUAACAACAGUGUAGUGACUCCCUUAGGAUAGAGUGCAGUGCUUCUGAAGUGAAAGGUCAAAGACUCUUCAAAAAAACCUCUUCCGUCCCAAAAAUCCCCAAAGUUUGUGUUAUACUACUGGAAUUAUUUAACUACCAUUUAUCUUCCUCGUGAAUGUGGAGAUACAUAGUGCAAGUUUCAAGUUCGUUGAGGUUGGUGAAAAGUUGAAAAGUGUAGUGACUUACAAAACACGUGCGAAUUUGACGUAUGGGAACGUCGUUCUGUUGUGGUAGAGACCCACCAUCAACGGAAGACUUGAGGAAUUGAACAAGGUGCGCUACGAGAAGUAGCGUUUCUAGCGGCCCACCAACAGCUCAAGAGUGUUGACUAAUAAGAGCAUCGUAGGACUCAAGCAGCAAGAGUUAAAUUGGAGCAGGGGCCCUAGGUAUAAUAAUACCCUGUUUAGCGAGAGCCUUGGGUUUGGCGAGACGAGUGGCGUCGUGGAGGGGGGAGUAAUGCCGGUGAGGGUGGCGCAGCGCCCCCCAGGUGGAAUACUCCACACCGGCGUAUCGGUAGCGCCGAGUUCGUUAUCGGGCCCUGGGUCGUCGGGCCGGUGCCUCGGUGGGCCUGCGCCGGCCGGUUCCCCCCCAUUGCCGCCCUCAUUGGGCCUAGGGGGUGGUGCAAGCGGCGUAAACACGAACGCUCCAAAUCCUCUCCAAGCGAUGGCCUCAGCUGCUGCAUCGCUGACACAAUUAAACAAUAUGGCGAAUGGUCCCCUACCGCCCCUCGGAAGCGGACCCAGUGGGCUACCUAAUCUUCCACCCCCGCAACCUGCUACCACACCCACACACGGUGGACCACCAACACCUCAUCAAGGAGUCUCGGGGCCUCAUCUCAAUGGAGCGUCCCCCAGUCCCCAUCCCAUGCCGCCCCACGGUAUGAUGAGUGGAUCGCCCCACCCUUCUCACACCCAUAUGGGAGGCGGCGGACCCUCACCGCAUCCGCAUCACCCGGGACCCCACAUGGUUGGGUCUCCACACCAUCCGGGCCCUCAUAUGGGUCCUGGCGGAAUGAUGGGACCUAGUAUGCAGCCUCAAGGCGGGCCGGGAAUGUGCGCUCCUGGCCCUGCCGGUCCAAUGGGACCACAUCCUCAUCCUCAAGGCCCAGGAGUUCCAGGGCAACCUCACAUGCACAACGAUCCGUUUUACUGCUCACCGUUUGGUUCACCGUAUUACAGAUCGUUGCCUGUCCCCAGGAGGCACACACCAUACUUUAACCAUGGCCAACCGGACUACCGACUGUAUGAGCUGAACAAGAGGUUACAGCAGCGCACCGAGGAAAGCGAUAACCUAUGGUGGGACGCAUUCGCGACUGAAUUUUUCGAAGACGAUGCAACCCUCACACUAGCGUUUUGCCUUGAAGAUGGACCGAAGAGAUAUUCUAUAGGAAGGACGCUAAUACCUAGGUAUUUUCGCUCGAUAUUUGAGGGUGGAGUGACGGAACUUUACUAUAAUAUGAAGCAUCCAAAGGAAUCGUUUCACAAUACGAGUAUAACAUUAGACUGUGAUCACUGCGUUAUGGUCACGCAUCAUGCGAAACCGAUGUUCACGAAGCCUGCUGUCCCGUUUCAGGUGUGUACGGAGGGUAGGCUAAUUCUUGAAUUCACCUUUGACGAUCUCAUGAGGAUAAAGUCGUGGCAUAUGACCGUGAGGCAGCAUCGAGAAUUCGUACCGAGAUCUGUUGUUGGAAUGCAUUCUACGCAGCAGGACCCAGCGUUAUUAGAACAAAUUAGUAAAAACAUCACGAGGCAAGGGAUAACUAAUUCCACCCUCAAUUACCUUAGGUUAUGCGUGAUUCUAGAACCAAUGCAAGAGCUUAUGUCGAGGCACAAAGCGUACGCAUUAUCGCCGCGAGAUUGCCUGAAGACGACCCUGUUCCAGAAGUGGCAGAGGAUGGUUGCCCCGCCGGGUAAGAGAGAGUCUCAGCGGCCAGCUAGUAAGAGAAGAAAGCGAAAAGGUAGCACAUCAGGUCCUGGAAACAAUGCACCUCCAGCGCCAAGUAAUAAAAAAAGAUCACCUGGCCCCAACUUUUCCCUUGCCUCCCAGGAUGUGAUGGUAGUGGGCGAACCGUCUCUGAUGGGCGGUGAAUUUGGCGAUGAGGACGAACGACUAAUUACACGGCUGGAGAACACACAAUAUGAUGCUGCGAAUAGUCUGGAUCCUCAUAGUCAUGACAAUUCGGGUGGACCACCUCCGCAUCCGCACCAGUUCCACUCGGAACCUACACCUGGCAAUUCCUGGCCACCGGACCGUGGCCCAGGACCUCCACAAGGAGGACCUGGUAGUCAGGUAGUCCAGGGAUCACAAGGUGGACAGGGAGCCGGCAUACAGGGAUCGCAGGACGCGAGUCAGCAGCAGCAAGACAAGAAGAGCCCCGCGGUGAGCCAGUGAGGCCAGGAGUCCCCGCGCCCCCCCACCAGGGGGCGUCGGGGGCGCAGGCCCAAAAAUGUGGCUCCCUAGCGGGGCGAGAAUCCUAGCCUCCCCACCUCCUAUCUGGCCACCUCUUCUUCCUCGGCUGCUCGGUUCUCGCAGAUCGGUGUCCUACCUCUGACUUGUCAACCCUCACUAUCUGGUCUUCGUCCGGAGCAGCACCU